AUGGCCCAGUUCAACAUCACCCUCAAGAAGGACGCUCCCAAGGAGGAGCUUGAGGCCGCAAAGAAGAAGGUCACCGACCAGGGCGGCAAGAUCAUCAACGAGUUUACUCUCAUCAAGGGUUUCACCGCCGAGAUCCCAGACGACGUCGUGUCGACUCUCGAGUCCAACGAGCAUGUUACUGUAGAAAAGGACGCCGAGGUCCGUACGCAAUAG